GUUAUCUGUACAUUCAGUGUUGAGUGUUCCUGUAGAAAUUCAGUCGGACAUUGGGUGUGGGUACUCGAGGUGCCAGUGAGAGUCAGUGGUUUUACACUUUACACAGUGACAAGGCGGACAUGUUGUAGGUGUAUAUCAAUGUGUUCGUAAAAAAAAAAGGGGGAAAAAGAUAAAUUCCACCUGAAAUCACCCAUGAAUUUCCCCAAUUUCCCAGUCCAACGGAUAAAGUGGAUGAUUACAACGAGUGACCAGUGACUCAAUGAAUUAAACAUAUGUGAAGUGAAUCGUGUUUGUUACCCUUUUAAAGUGACUGGAUAUUUCAAUAAUGAGUUGGGGUAGUGAACUUUGGGAUCAAUACGAUAAUCUAUCCCUGCACACGCAGAAGGGGAUAGAUUUUCUCGAGAGAUAUGGACAUUUCAUCCGGGAUCGGUGUAAAAUUGAAGUGGAGUACGCAGGAAAUUUGAGAAGGCUAGUGAAAAAUUAUCAACCGAAGAAAAAGGAGGAGGAGGACUACCUAUACAGUCCGUGCAAAGCAUUCAAAUUAGAAUUGAAUGAGGUGAAUGAUCAGGCGGGGCAGAGGGAAGUGAUUGCUGAGAAUCUCCAGGCAAAUGUUCUUCGUGAACUGAAUUUACUUGUUAAAGAUUUCAAAGAGGACAGGAAAAAACAUCUCCAAGAGGGUGCAAGAUUGAUGACAUCAUUGGCAACGCAAAUUGGUAACUUGGAGAGAGCAAGAAAGGCGUAUGAGAAAGCAUUUCGCGAAUCGGAGAGAGCAAUUGAGAAUUUCCAAAGGGCUGACGCUGAUCUUCACUUGUCGAGAGCAGAUGUGGAGAAGCAGAGGAUGAAUAAGACGCUGAAGACGCAGCAGAGUGAAGAGGCAAAAACGGAAUACGCGAAUCAAUUGCAGAAAACUAAUGAAUUGCAGAGGCUCCAUUAUCACAACGCAAUGCCGGAAGUUUUUCAACAUUUGCAGGAACUCGACGAGAAGAGGAUAAAGAACAUGAGGAAUUACAUGUUAAAAUCGGCAGACAUUGAACGUGCAGUGGCACCGAUAAUCGCCAAGUGUCUGGAUGGAAUCGAGAGGGCGGCCAAUGAGAUUAAUGAAAAAGAGGACACAAUGUUGGUGAUUGAACGGUACAAGAGUGGCUUCACACCACCUGGCGAUUUUCCAUUUGAGGAUCUCUCAGAUGUCAAGACAUACGACAGCAAUACCCAAUUAUCCCAGCCCGCAAUGCAACCGAUACAUAAUCAUUUGACCGUCAAAGGUACUGUUUCUGGUGGGAAAAUAAAGAAAAGAGUCGGCAUAUUCGGCAUAUUCAGCAGCAACAAGAAGUUGAUCGAGGUGUGCAUAGCUUUGAAGAAUAAUGUUCCUGGUUAUGGUGACGGUGUGAAGGAGGACUGCAGUGAUUUGCCACCGAAUCAGAGGAAAAAGCGUUUGCAGCAGAGAUUGGAUGACAUUCAGGCGAAAAUUCAGCAGGAAACGGCAGCGAGGGAUGGUCUCAUGAAGAUGAAGGGAGUUUAUGAGCAUAAUCCAGCGCUUGGUGAUCCCAUGAGUAUAGAAGGACAAUUGAAUCAAUCGAGUCAUAAACUCGAUAAACUGGGGGGCGAGUUGGCCAAGUUUCAGGGAUACCUUGAGGAAGCCAUAAAAGCUGGAGCUGGUCUCUCAAGUCCAAGUCAAGCAUCGAGAAAGCCAACGAGUAACGGUUCAACCACACGAUCAGCAAAUUCGAGGAGAUCGAGUCACUCAGGCGGCGAGGAGAGUCUCUCAAGAUCAGCAUCUGACUCAAGUGUCUGCAAUGCAAAUGCCAAUCAAUCGGUGCAUAAGAAGAGUGCACCAGGUACUCCACAACCAAGUCAUGAUUCCACGAAUAGCCCGGAAUCUGGACUUGGUGCUUCGAGGACAUCUCUGCCAGGAAGUGGAGGCGAGGAAUAUUACGCCGACGAAGUUGACGCACCACCACCACUGGGAACCUGUCGAGCGCUUUACCCCUUCGACGCAACGAGCGAGGGCUCGAUUCCGAUGUACGACGGAGAGGAACUCUACAUGAUAGAAUUGGAUCAAGGGGACGGAUGGACACGCGUCCGGAGAAUGUCCCAGCCCAUCGAGGGCUUCGUCCCAACUUCCUACAUAGAAUUUCAACUGUACACAACAUAAUUACCCCGAAGUGAUCCACAAAAAUGCCCAGACUUGGUGCGUUAAAUUUAUACAACAGAAAUACUCGACAGGCAGAUUAAUCGAGAGAUACAGAAUCGAUAAUAAUAUUGUAUCAAUUUCUCGAUAAUUGUGAUUACUGAACAAAGUGAAAUAUCAAAUUGGCCUCUGAAGAUCAGUAUAGAAUAGAUAUAACCCUUUGAUUUAAUUUCGUGCAAUUUAACAAGAAGUCUGUAAUUUUUCUUUUCAUCUCGUAGUCAUAAAUAAUUUGUCAUCCUUUGAUGGCAGAUGUUCAUUGAAUUACACAGGAUCAAUGGAGGCUGGAGCUUUGAAUGUUGCGUAUUGAAUCUGUCGUCUCUUUGAGAAAAUUAAUUUAUGAUUAAUAUCGGUGUGAAUGGGAUAAUGCGGUUGUGGAAAAAAGACACUUUACUCGGUUUAAAAUCUAUUACCUACGGACUUUUGUCCAUUUUACAAUGAGUAUGCGUUAAUGAGUGAAUGUAAUUACAGGCGUUGAAAUUGUUUUUUUUUUUUUUCGGUAAUAAUCUGUGGAAUUAUCUUCACUCGUUUUCACUCAUGACGAUGAAUUACGCUUGAGGCUUGAUUCAUGUUGUUCCAUGGUGAAACUGUUAAUGAGAUUUAAUGACUCAUUACGAGUUAUUUUAAAUGGCACGGGGGCUGGCCCACGGAUGGUCCGGGCUUAGGUAUUUUCUAAUGUAAAAAAAAAAUGAGAAUGAGAAAAUAACAAGAGACUGAUCUCCGCAGGAAUAUCUCCCCAAGUGUGUGCUAUUGCAAAUAAAAUGACAACUAGUACGUUAAUUACUCAUUGCUCAGAGGAAUAACUCUGUAAAUAAUUUUGGGUGGAGUAAUUUUGAAAAUUACUGACAAUUCGACGAUUGACAAUGUUUUUCUUUUUUUUUUUUGAGUGCAGGAUGUGUGGAAUGUUUUCAGUUGUUGAGUCUCUUCCCCUGGGCGGUCUAAUAAAUAAUUUAAGUACACUGAAAGUAAUUUUGAUGAUUACUUUAAAUUAUUUCACUGCUGCACCUCAAAUCUACACGUUUAAUUACUAGGGGAAUAAGUCGAUCGACAAAGAGACUUGAAAUAAGAAAGUAAAGGGGAUAAAUAAUAAUCAGUCGUGGAGUUAAUUAAAAUUUUGACUGGGGAAUGAGGGGAAGUGGAAGUGGAAGGGGAAGAGGAAGGAAAAGGGGAAGGGAGUCGAUAGAAAUCGAAAGAAUCGAUGUAGUUUGAUUGAAAAAAAAAUAGGUAGCCAAUAGACAGUGGAAAUACGGAUUAAUUCACUUGUUAUUGAUUCGUUGAUUUAAGUACUAGCGAAUCAUCAUUGUAAAUAAUUACGUUCCAGUAAUGAAAUGCAUAGCUUUUGGCUAAUUACUCGAAGUAUCGAAUAUUCAAGUUGAUUUUUUUUCCAUUUUUGCGAUUUGAGUUGCUGGUAGGAGUCAGCUGUGAAUAUCAACUGAAAUAAUUUGUUCUUUUUACUCUUUUCUUUAUGUUACAAUUACGGUAGUAGCUAUUCAAUCGAAUUCGACGAGAUUUAUACUUACGAUUAUUUUUCUUUUUUUAUUCGUUAACUCGGUUUAUUUCGUUUUUAUUGACACGUACUGUUUUUGCUAUUUAUCUACCCCAUUUUUUAAAAUAAUCACAAAUUUACAAUUGUAUUGGAGGAAAUAUCAUAGAGGAAACGAGCGAUAAUCGAUUCGGGGAUUCAUCAGUGGGUGAUGAUGAUAAAAUGAGGAUUUAUUGAGAGGAAUAAAAACGUGUCUAUACUCUGUAUAUUUUGUGAUUUUAUAUGAAAUUGAAAAGUAUUGUAGAUAAAUAACAUCCGCAAACUCAUUCAUUACAUUUUUAAUAUUAAUUAAAAUUAAUUAAUGUUUAGAAAAUAUAAAUACUAAAACAGUACAA